CGGCGUUCUGGUCACUCUCUAUUGCUUAACUGCGGUUUUCCUGUUCUACCAUCGCGUAAUUGGAUUGGCGAAAAUAUCGACGUUUUCCUUUCUCCGUUCGCACAUUCCACGUUCGGCGAAAUUGCACAGAAAUAUGGCCCUGUGUUUGGGGCCAUGCAAGGAGGAUUCCCCACGGUUGUAACUAGUGAUGCUGACGUGGUUCAGGAAAUUUCGCUGAAAUGCUUUCACAGCUUCCAUGCGAAAAUUCCAAACCCGCUCGAUCCGGACCCGUUAUUGGAUGAAAAUGUGCAUAUGUUCGCUUCUAGAGGUGAACGUUGGAAAAGAAUGCGUACUAUUACCAGCGAAGCAAUGUCUACAAAAAAUAUGAAGCAGCUUUUUCCGAUUGUUGAGGAAUCAGUCGUCAGUUUUUUGAACUAUCUCGAAACACUUCCGAUCGAAGAAGGUAUCGACGCGCACAAAUUGUUUCAAAACCACACGAGUGAUGUUCUUGCUCGAUGUGCUUUUGGUCAAACUCGAUCAGUCCACGGCGAAAACUGUUAUCACAAGAUUUUUUCUCAAGCUUUCGGAAGUGAGCCACAGCCCAAAGCGUUCUGCUGGAAUACAGCCUCAAUAUGCUUCCCACCGCUGUCCAGGCUCCUUCGAGAACUGAAAAAGUGUUCUGAGAUGAUAUCGAAAGCUGCACUGGGUUCCACGCCGCCUAUGGCUGUGUUCGUAAAUCAUCUUGCCAUGUUGCGGAGUGAUCGAGCUCCAAAUGCUGGAAAGUCUGAUUUCUUGCAAUUCUUCAAAGAUGCGGAAGAUAACUCAUUCGAUGGUUUCCGUACAGAGAAUUGUAGCGGUAAAAUAGACUUGGCUUCUGUGCGGAGUGAAGAAAAUAAUGGCACCAGGUUAGCCGGAUUUGACACAACAGCAAACACUUUGACGCUGGUUUGUGAGCUUCUCGCGAGAAACGAGGACAAGCAGGAAAUGCUUCUGGAAGAGAUUGACGCCGCAAGUCCGUUCACCUACCUGACAGCAUCCUAUCCAUGA